AUGCAGGAACUUAGGAAAAGGGCGGCCAUGUUUAUCAGGGUCGAAGACAUGAGACGGUACCAAAACAAUGCUCAGACUCCCCUAGCCCAAACAGACACCAGAAAGCCUGUCAAAGACCCCCCCCCCCCCCCCCCCCCCGCGCGCGAACGAAACCGUCCUACGGAGCGAAGACCUGCCAAGUUCUCCAACUAUGCCCCCUUGAAUGCACCCCGAUCUCGCAUACUAGACGAGGUCCUGCAAGCUGAACUCAUCCCCCCACCUAGAAAGUACCAAAAUCCACCUAACGCGGACCUAAGUAAAUACUGCCAUUACCAUCGCAACAACGGCCAUACAACUGAUGAAUGUGACACCUUAAGGGACAAGAUAGAAGAACUUGUGCGGGCCGGACACCUCAAGCAUUACAUAAGGGAAACGGGGGAAGGCACACCCAGAUCCCGGCACGGGAGGAACGAUAAUAGACGAGUUGAACGGCGACCAGACCGGCGGACUGAAUGCAGGGAACCAAGAAUGGAACCUGCGAGAACCCAACACACAGAACAAAGAACAACAACACAACCGCCACCCAGAAGAACUGACGAUAGACCACCCCUACGCGGGACGAUCAACACCAUAUCUGGAGGGUUCGCCGGAGGAGGAAGCUCGUCCUCUUCCAGAAAGAAACACCUAAGGGCUGUCCGAUCAGUACAUGCUGUAUCCGGCAGGACGAUAAGAAGAAUGCCGCCCAUCACGUUUUCAGACGCAGAUUUUCAAGCUACCGAUCCCAGUCAAGACGACCCUAUGGUCAUAACCAUAGAAGUAGAAAGCUUUGCAGUCAAAAAAGUACUCAUCGACCAAGGAAGCUCCGUAGAUAUCUUAUAUUGGAAAACUUUCAACAAGCUGCAAAUACCACCAGCCGACCUCACCCCCCAUGAUGAACCCAUAUACGGAUUUUCAGGCGAAAGGGUCCCAACCAAGGGAUACAUCGACCUCCAUACCACCUUUGGAGAAGGAAGACAAACAAAGACCAUACCCAUCCGCUACCUGGUCGUGGAGGCCCAUACAUCCUACAACGUACUUUUGGGAAGACCAUCCAUAAAUGCCUUAGGAGCCAUCGUGUCCACCCCGCACCUCGCCAUGAAAUUCCCAUCCCCGCAAGGCGAUAUAAUCACGAUACACGGCGACCAGCGCGCCGCAAGGGAAUGUUAUAUGGCAAGCCUAAAACUCCCCCACCCACCCUUGGCAACCCACAACAUCGAGCAUUCCAAAACAGGAGCAACCUUAGCAGGAGACGACCUAGAUCCCAGAAUGACCUCCGAAGCCAGAGUCGAGCCUGUCGGGGGCAUACGACAACUCCCCCUAGAGCAGCCAAACCAAUUCCUCCAAAUAGGCACCACCAUCCCUGAAAAUGAAGCACAUCACAUCGAACACAUCCUCAAAAAGAACGCCGACCUCUUCGCUUGGUCCGCAGCAGAUCUCCCUGGCGUACACCCCAAGGUGGCCUCCCACCGGUUGUCUGUCUUCCCUAACGCCAAACCUGUCUCCCAGAAAAAGAGGAAGCUCGGCGAAGGCAGGAGGCAAGCAGCAAUUGAAGAAGCUAAAAAACUAAAGCAAGCUGGCUUCGUCGGCGAAGCGCAGUACACAACCUGGCUAGCAAAUGUGGUGCUCGUGAAGAAACCCAACAGUAAGUGGCGGAUGUGCGUCGACUACACAGACCUCAACAAAGCAUGCCCGCGAGACGCAUACCCACUCCCCAGCAUUGACAGACUCGUCGAUGGGGCCGCAGGGCACGCAGUACUUAGUUUCCUUGAUGCCUAUUCUGGCUACAACCAGAUACCCAUGGCUGAUAAAGACAAGCUUAAAACUGCUUUCAUCACAGAAGAGGCCAACCUUUUCUAUAAGGUUAUGCCCUUUGGCCUGAAAAACACCGGGGCGACAUACCAACGCCUUAUGGAUAGGGUCUUUCAGCCAUUCCUCGGACGGACGGUGGAGGUCUACGUUGACGAUAUCAUCGUAAAAUCCCCCAACCCCAAGCAGCACUCCACAGACUUGGCCGAAGUCUUCAAAGCCCUGCGCACAUAUAACAUCAGAUUCAACCCCGAGAAAUGCACCUUCGGAGUUGACGGUGGCAAAUUCCUCGGUUUCAUGCUCACCCAGCGAGGGAUCGAGGCAAACCCUGAAAAAUGUCAAGCAAUAAUCGACAUGAGAAGUCCCACAAAUAUCAAAGAGGUGCAACGCCUGGUUGGCAGGUUAACCGCCAUCUCACGAUUCCUCCCCAAGUUGGCCGAUCAAACCAAACCAAUGAUCAAAUUGCUAAAAAAGUCCGCCCGGUUCGUCUGGGAUGAAACCUGCGAACAUAACUUCACCACUUUGAAACAGCUGCUCACCACACCCCCAAUUCUCACCAAACCAGACCUCAACCUACCCCUCAUAAUGUACAUAGCAACAUCCGCGAGCGCACUCAGCUCCGCCCUCGUCCAAGAGAAAGACAACACCCAACAACCCAUUUAUUUCACCAGCCGGAUCCUCCAAGACACGGAAACACGGUACCAGAUGAUAGAAAAGGUAGCCCUUGCACUGGUAACUGCCGCACGACGACUGCGCCCGUACUUCCAAUCCCACACAGUAAUCGUCAGAACCGACCACCCUGUGCAGAAAAUCCUUCAGAAGCCGGAUCUGGCAGGACGACUAUCGUCGUGGGCCAUCGAGUUAUCAGAAUUCAACAUCCAAUAUGAGCCACACGGACCCAUAAAAGCAUAA